AUGGCAAAUUAUCAUCCACCAUCAAAGUGUAAAAAAUUUGAUGAACAAACAUUGAAUGAUAUAAUUUUAUCAAUUUUUAAAAAAUCAUUCCGUCAUGGAAUACCAGCACUGGUAUGGAUGAAUCGAGAAAUUAUGAUUACUUUAAUUCAUCAUGCAAUUGAGCUUAUUGAUAGAAGUGAUUCAAUGUUUAUUGUUGUAUUGGAUGAAGCAUUAGAGCGAAAGUCAAUAUUUAUUGUUGGUAGCAUCGAUGGUGAUUUAACAUAUUUAAUGACAUUAUUAAAACAAUAUAAAAUGCCGCCAACAUCAUAUUUCAUCUUUCUUGGUGAUUAUUUAGACUGUUUUAAUCCAUCACGAAUUGAUGCAUUGCUAUUAUUGCUAAGCCUGAAAUUACGAUUUCCACGAAAUAUUUGUCUUUUUCGUGGCCAUUAUGAGACAUUUGAAAUGUGUAAAGCAAUUGGUUUUGAUAAAAUAAUUAAUGAUGAACGAUUAUUACAAAGUUUUUUUUUACUCUUUGAAUAUUUACCUAUCGUUGGAAUAUUUGGUAAAUUUUUAUGUCUUCAUGCUGGCAUUUCAACAUUUAUGACCGAUGAUUCAUUUCUUCAUGCAUUUGUAAAGCCAAUUGAAGUAAAACGAAUGACUGUACGAGAACGAACCGUUUUAACGGAUAUUCUAUACGGUAAACCGGAUAAGAAUUUACCUACAUUAUUUGCUCCAUCAAAUAGCUAUCCAAUUGGAAAUCGUUUUAAUCAGGAAGCAUUAAAUGAAGUACUUAACAUAUUUGAAUGCAAAAGAUUAAUUCGUGGUUGUGGUUGUCGAGAAUCAAAUAGUGCAAAAUUUGAUUUUGAUAAUAGAAAAUGCAUUACCAUUAUUUCAGGUUGUAGCAGCAAACAUACAAGCUGUGAAAGAAGUUUAAUUCAAAUACAUCGAUAUGGUCAAUUUGUAAUAUUAAAUAUUGAUAAAGAUAUUGGUUGGAAUUUAAGAUUGAAAUGUGUCGCAUGCGGAUGGAUUGCUCAGGGAAAGAAACCUGAAAAUGUUACUAUAUCACAUGCAUUACUGAAAAGUUUUGUUGAAGAAAUGAUUUAUCCUCAUAAGCUUCAUAAUCAUUUUUUACUUGAUCCACGAUUGGAACAAUAUAUGCUUGUUGAAUUAUUUCCAUUAUGUCAAGAUUUCUAUUAUCAUGGCUUGGAGCAAUUGACAAUAUCAUUUCCAAGCAUUGAUGAAUAUCCGUUUAUUAAAUCACCGAUGAUUAAAUGGAAUGAAGAAAUGCUUGAAACAGUUAACAAGAUGAUCGAAUCAAAUUAUAAAACGAGUCAAAGCAAGUCAUAUGUGUAUAUUAAUCGUAUCAUACGACCUGGUUAUGAUUUAGAACCAAAUAAAGAGCCAAUUGGUGAUGAAAUUGAACAUUCUUAUAAGCUAGAUUUACAACGUUUACGUCAAUUGCAACAUUGGUUACGUACCAUUUUUGCACCACGUUUAUCAUAUAAAUAUCGCAUAGAAAGAUUAUCCAAUGAGAAUGUUAAUUGA